CUUGUCUUAUUGAUCUUCUUGAAACUGAAGGCCUAUGUGAUAAUAUAGAAGAAGCAAUGCAAGAGAUUAGACUUUUUAGAGAUAGGCUUGGAAGCUUUGGGAAGAAAUCAGCUAUCUCGUGUACUUCCACUUUACCUCCAGGUAACCAAUUCUAAUUACUUGUUAGUUGUUACAUAUUUAGUUUUAAGCUUACAAUAUUUUCAAAGUUUAUAUACUUAUUUAGAAUAAUUUGUUUGAAUGAAAAGCUGAAUGGUGGACACUAUUUGGAGACGAUGCUCCACAUUUGAGGAAGCUAGCUAUUCGACUUUUGUCUCAAACAUCAUCUUCUUCUGGAUGUGAGCGGAACUGGAGUGUGUUUGACCAAAUUCAUAGUAAGCGAAGGAAUCGAUUGGAGCAUCAAAGAUUGAAUGAUCUUGUUUAUGUGACUUACAAUUUGAGGUUGAAGAAUAGGUGCUUGAAGAAGGAGUGGGCGAAAGACCCAAUUGAUUAUGAACAAUUAGAUAACAUUGAUUUUUGGAUUGUAGAAGAAGAUCCACCUGCAGAUAUAGACUAUGAAGAGCUUGAAAAGACUCUUUAUGAGGAGGAGGAGGAGGAGCAAGGAUCAUCAUCAUCUUCUAACAAGCGUCCUCGUGUUGAAGAGGACUUUGAGUAUGAUCUGACUGAUGAAAUUGACUUCGACAUUUCUCAUCUUGUUGAUGCAAUGGAGAUGGAGAUGGAUAGCUUUAUCUUUGAAGAUUGAGUACUUUUCUUUUGUUAUUUGGAAUUCUAAGUUGAUGUUAUGUGAUGGAUUUAAGAGUGUUGGAUUUAAGGGUUCUUGAAUUUUUAACUAUGAUGGACUUAAGUUG